UGUGAUAUUAGAUCGGUUCUCAAUUUCUUCAUUUGGUAUUUUUUUUGCUACCUUCAACCCAUGUUUAUGUUCUUUGAUUUCUAUUUUCAGCAGUUUUGCCAGAACAGCAUUCCCAAGUAAGGGUGUUUGGUUGAUUACUGAAAUUGAGGCGUAAGUUCAGGUUGUUGCCAGCUUAAGACAAGUUCUAGGUUCAGAUGCUAAAUUUUGCUAGAGGAAGAAGCCAGCAAAGGUCUACCAGAUCUAAGCCUUUUGCUGGCAUGGAAUAUCAUGAUCCCAAAAGGAAGAGCAAUUUUGUAGGAAAAAUCCUUAUGGCUGCAACCCUUACAGCCUUAUGCAUUAUUAUGCUCAAGCAAUCCCCUACGUUUGGUACUCCAAGUCAGUUUUCCAAACACGAAGAAGGUGUAACUCAUGUUCUUGUAACUGGUGGUGCUGGCUAUAUUGGUUCACAUGCUGCUUUACGACUUCUGAGGGAGUCAUACCGUGUAACUAUUGUGGACAAUCUUUCACGUGGAAACAUAGGUGCCGUCAAGGUUCUACAAGACUUAUUUCCAGAACCCGGAAGGCUUCAAUUCAUUUAUGCUGAUCUCGGUGAUGCAAAAGCUGUAUCCUUGUAUUGAAAUUAUCAUGAAUAUUCUUUUUUAAAAUGACCACUUUAAGGCUUUGAAACAUGGAUGUGGUGUAUCACUUUAAGGCUUUUUUAAAUUGAGUGAAAAGUUGUGAUGUCUCUUUAUAGAUUUGGAAAAUAAUGUUGGUUAAUGUAAUAGGAUCUACUCAUAUAAUUUUUAAUGAAAAAAUUUGUUUGGCGUUUACCGAAAUUUAUUCUUGAAUUUUAAAUUAUUUUUAAGGGCCCUUAUCUCUUAUUUUGCCUAGGACCCUUAAAAUGUCAGGACCGGCCCUGCAUAUCAUCAUCAUCAUCUAUUAUGUUGUCAUUUCUAUAUUUAUAUUUUAUUCAUUUAUAAUUAACCAUUCUCUUUGAGCCUUCUUAUUGUAGGAACACUUGCUACCUUCCUAGAUCCUACAAUCAAAGUGCAAACCUUGCCUUCAUCAAGUGGAGUCAGGGCGUGCCUGUAUCAAUAGAUCUUUAAUGGGAUGAGUCUUGCAAGAUCCCAAAACGACAUCUUUAUAGGAAAUCUGGGAGGUAGAUGUAGGGUGGGAGCCAGGGCAGGAUCUCGAAUCAGGUGGUUAAGGAGGAUCAAGAGGCUGAGAAGGAUCCAGUGAUGUGUCAUCCUUGCGAUGAUGUUUUUUAUAAGAGGAUAUUCUCGGCAACGGCUAGGGUAUCAUUUUUUCAAUCUCAGCUCAACUAUUCCUAAUAUGAAGAUUUUGUCUUUGAAUGCUCAUCUCACUAAAGAUGAAAUAAAAAAAAUGACCUGUUUGCUAUGGCUCC